AGCCGAGACCCCGGGCUCUCAGUGCGAGUCAGACUGUGUCCCCGCGCCCCGCGCGCUGCCCAGGCUAUGGCUGCCCCGCCGCAGCUGCGGGCUCUGCUUCUGGCAGUCAACGCACUGCUGCGCAAGCGCCGCUACCACGCAGCGUUGGCCGUGCUUAAAGGCUUCCGGAACGGGGCCGUCUAUGGAGCCAAAAUCCGGGCCCCUCAUGCGCUGGUCAUGACCUUUCUCUUCCGGAACGGCAGCCUCCGAGAGAAGUUGCAGGCCAUCUUGCAGGCCACGUACACCCACUCCCGGAACCUGGCCUGCUUUGUCUUCACCUACAAGGGUCUCUGUGCCCUGCAGUCCCAUGCACAGGGCAAGACCUACCAGGUGCACUCAUUCCUGGCUGCCUUCAUCGGGGGCCUCCUGGUGUUUGGAGACAACAAUAACAUCAACAGCCAGAUCAACAUGUACCUGCUGUCACGUGUCCUGUUUGCCCUGUGCCGCCUGGGCGUGGAAAAGGGCUACAUCCCUGCACCCCGGUGGGACCCAUUCCCGGUAUUUGCCGCAAUCACGUGGGGGUUGGUGCUGUGGCUCUUUGAGUAUCACCAGCCCACGCUGCAGCCCUCACUGCAGUCCUCCAUGACCUAUCUAUACAAGGACAGCAACGUGUGGCAUGACAUCUCAGACUUCCUCGUCUAUAACAAGAGACGCCCCUCCAAGUAAUGUGGCCUUGAGGUGCUGCUAGGGGCUUCUCCACCCAGCUGGUGUCUGGCUGUGCUUGAGGCAUGGCCUCGUCUUCAGACCCUUCCUGAGGAUCCUUCCUUCUCAAGACCAUUGGCCUCAGAUUCCAACUUGUGUUACCCCAGGGUUUUACGACGUAAAAGAACUGAUUUUCAAACCCCAAUAGGUACUCUUGAAUGGCGGAGCAAGUGGCCGAACCAGGCUGAGGAGUUGUGGGCUUGGUUCCAUCUGUGCUGCUGACUUCUGUAGGACUGGGGCAAGUCACACCUCUCUGUGGGGUCAUCGAGCUCAGAGGAGGGCCCUGAGGUCUCUUUCUGGUGGGUACAUUCAUUCUUAGACUGUUCUUAUGUAAGAGGGCUCCUUGCUGGUGGGCAGUGGGUUGCAAGUACUUUAAAAAAAAUAUUAAGUUCCUUGUCUCAGGUGUUUUUCUACUGGAGAAGUUCUAGAGCCCUACUGUCCAACAGAAACUCAAGGUGAGCCAUGUAUGUAAUUAACAUUUUUCUAAUAGCCACAUUUAAAAAUGUAGAAAGAGGUGAGAUUAAUCUUAAU